GACCACUGUUUCUGGUUUUUGGGUUUUUUGUUGUUGUUUGGUUUGGUUUGGUUUUUGUUUGGUUUGUGACAGGGUCCCUUCCCAAGCCUGCAGCUUGUGAAUUUGGGUAGUUUGGCCAGCCAGCAAGCCCCAGGGGUUCUUGUGUCUCUGCCCUGCCCCCAGUGCUGGAGUUCGAGGUGCAGGCUGCCAAGUCUACCUUUUUAUGUGGGUCCUGGGACUCCAAACUCCGGUCCUCCUGCUUGGGCAGUAGAACAGUCCUACUGAGCCAUCUUCCCAGGCUUCAGGUGUUUGUUUUGUCCACCUCCCCUGAAACUCCUCUUAGGCCCUGACUAAGCCUUGAAGACAGGAACGACAGUGUUAGUGUAUGAUGAGAACAGACGGACUCUUCCUCCUUUCUUCCUCUUGCUCCCUCAGAGCCGGCCCUCAUCCUGCGCCCCCAGCCCUGCCCAUCUCGGCCCCAUGCCCCCGCCAGUCAGCUUCGGCCCCCCGGCAGUGAGCAGGCACGUGGCAGCCAAGGCCCUGUGACCAGGCCAGGGAGACGGGAGCUCCGGGGUCCCAGUCAUCUGCCCCCCCAUGGAGCUGAGGCCCUGGUUGCUAUGGGUGGUAGCAGCAGCAGGAGCCUUGGUCCUGCUAGCAGCUGAUGCUCGUGGCCAAAAGGUCUUCACCAACACUUGGGCUGUGCACAUCUCUGGAGGCCAGGCUGUGGCUGACAGCGUGGCCCGGAAGCAUGGGUUCCACAACCUGGGCCUGAUCUUCGGUGACUAUUACCACUUCCGGCACAGAGCAGUGACAAAGCGGUCCCUGUCGCCUCACCGCCUGCGGCACAGCCGGCUACAGAGGGAGCCCCAAGUAAAGUGGCUGGAGCAGCAGGUAGUGAAGCGAAGGACCAAGAGGGACGUGUAUCAGGAGCCCACAGACCCCAAGUUCCCCCAGCAGUGGUACCUGUCUGGUGUCACUCAGCGAGACCUCAAUGUGAAGGAGGCUUGGGCCCAGGGCUUCACAGGUCACGGCAUCGUGGUCUCCAUCCUGGACGACGGAAUCGAGAAGAACCAUCCUGACUUGGCAGGCAAUUAUGAUCCUGGAGCCAGUUUCGAUGUCAAUGACCAGGACCCUGACCCACAGCCUCGGUAUACGCAGAUGAAUGACAACAGGCACGGCACUCGGUGUGCCGGGGAGGUGGCAGCAGUGGCCAACAAUGGCGUCUGUGGUGUGGGCGUGGCCUACAACGCCCGGAUUGGAGGGGUGCGCAUGUUGGACGGCGAGGUGACUGACGCAGUAGAGGCUCGCUCGCUGGGCUUGAACCCCAACCACAUCCACAUCUACAGCGCCAGCUGGGGCCCGGAGGACGAUGGCAAGACCGUGGAUGGGCCAGCCCGUCUCGCUGAGGAGGCCUUCUUUCGGGGAGUUAGCCAGGGUCGCGGAGGGCUGGGCUCCAUCUUUGUCUGGGCCUCGGGGAACGGGGGCCGGGAACACGACAGCUGUAACUGUGACGGCUACACCAACAGCAUCUACACACUGUCCAUCAGCAGCGCCACACAGUUCGGCAAUGUGCCCUGGUACAGUGAGGCCUGCUCCUCCACGCUGGCCACUACCUACAGCAGUGGCAACCAGAACGAGAAGCAGAUUGUGACAACUGACUUGAGGCAGAAGUGCACAGAGUCUCACACUGGCACCUCAGCUUCUGCCCCGUUGGCAGCUGGCAUCAUUGCUCUCACCCUGGAGGCCAAUAAGAACCUCACCUGGCGAGACAUGCAGCACCUGGUGGUUCAGACCUCAAAGCCAGCCCACCUCAAUGCUAAUGACUGGGCCACCAAUGGUGUGGGCCGGAAAGUGAGCCAUUCGUACGGCUACGGGCUGUUGGAUGCAGGUGCCAUGGUGGCCCUGGCCCAGAACUGGACAACAGUGGCCCCCCAGCGGAAGUGCAUCAUUGACAUCCUAGUGGAGCCCAAGGACAUUGGCAAACGGCUAGAGGUGCGCAAGUCGGUGACGGCGUGCCUAGGCGAGCCCAACCACAUCACCCGGCUGGAACAUGCUCAGGCUCGGCUCACCUUGUCUUACAAUCGCCGUGGGGACCUGGCCAUCCACCUUAUCAGCCCCUUGGGCACCCGUUCCACCUUACUGGCUCCCAGACCCCAUGACUACUCUGCUGAUGGGUUUAAUGACUGGGCUUUCAUGACCACUCAUUCCUGGGAUGAGGACCCCUCUGGCGAAUGGGUCCUAGAGAUUGAAAAUACCAGCGAAACCAACAACUAUGGGACGCUGACCAAGUUCACUCUCGUACUGUAUGGCACAGCCUCUGAGGGGCUCCCCACGCCUCCCGAAAGCAGCGGCUGCAAAACCCUCACGUCCAGCCAGGCCUGCGUGGUGUGCGAGGAAGGCUUCUCACUGCACCAGAAAAGCUGUGUCCAGCACUGCCCACCAGGCUUCACACCCCAAGACCUUGAUACACACUACAGCACCGAGAAUGAUGUGGAGAUCAUCCGUGCCAGCGUCUGCACCCCCUGUCACGCCUCUUGUGCCACAUGCCAGGGCCCAGCUCCCACAGACUGCCUCAGCUGCCCCAGCCAUGCCUCCCUGGACCCUGUGGAGCAAACGUGCUCCAGGCAAAGCCAGAGCAGCCGAGAAUCUCGACCUCAGCAGCAGCCGCCGCCUCCCGCACUGCACCCGGAGGUGGAGGUGGAGCCCCGACUGCAGACCGGGCUGCUGCCCUCUCAUCUGCCUGAGGUGGUGGCCGGCCUCAGCUGCGUUUUCAUUGUGCUGGUCUUCGGCACCGUCUUCCUGGUCUUGCAGCUGCGCUCCGGCUUCAGCUUCCGGGGAGUGAAGGUGUACACCAUGGACCGUGGCCUCGUUUCCUACAAGGGGCUGCCCCCCGAAGCCUGGCAGGAGGAGUGCCCGUCUGACUCAGAAGAGGAUGAGGGCCGGGGCGAGAGGACCGCCUUUAUCAAAGACCAGAGCGCCCUUUGAUGAGCCCACUGCCCGCCUGAUCAAAUUGAUCCCUUCCUCGGGCACUUUUUAAUUCACCAAAGUAUUUUUUUAUCUUGGGACUGGGUUUGGACCCUAGUUGGGAGGCAAGAGGGGCAGACACUGCUUUCUACCCGUCCUGGGCCUGCCUGUUUGCUGGAGGUGGGGCCGCCGGAACCUCACCCCUCCACCCCUCCACCC